AACAUGAAGACAGAAAAUGGGGACAGCUCCCACCCGCACACUCCUAGUGCGGUUAACAGGGUUAAACAAUUCAUAGAGGGAGCUACGAUUCUUUUUAUAACUCUCCUUAUCACUGAUGCUUUUGAAGGGAUCCUGUUUAUGCAGGUUGAUCAUCACUCUGUGCUUCAUUAUGUGAUAUUCAUGUCGUUUCAUAUGUCUAUUUCUUUCCUGUAUCACAAGUACAAGCCAAUGUAG